CGAACAUAGGGGUUUUCAUACAGGAUGUCAUGUAUAUCAUAUAGGAUUAUUGGUUAUUAGGAGUUAGGGGCAUUUUUUUUCCUAUAGGGAUAGAUGGACGGAUGGAUCGAUCGACAGACUAGCGUGAUAAAGAUACUUAGGUGGAUAGAUGGUUGCAUGGACGAAUGGGUAGAUAGAUCCGUCGACGCAUUGUGUAUAGAAGCAUGGACACACAUUGAUGAAUGGAGAUAGAUAGAUACUGCCUCUUUAUAUCGGUGUGGCUCAAAGUGAACUUGCGUACCCCUUAAAUUAAGUAUAACCUCGAUGCCCUCCAGCCGAAGAUCCACCCCUUCUCCACCACCACCGAGCCUGCUUCUCAAGUGGCGCGGCCAAGUCUGACAGCAAGCAAGCGCCGGCCGGUUUCCCCAAUAAGGCCACCGUGACCGCGAUGCCGAUGGACGAGCGCCUGGUGGCGUCCAUGUCGGCCUUCUGGCUGGGCGUGGCCGUGCUGUCGCCGUGCUUCGUGCCGCGCAGCGAGAACCGCGGUGUCAUCCGCUGCAUGCUGGUGUGCACCGCGGCGUGCCUCUACCUCAGCUGGCUGUGCACCUACCUGGCGCAGAUCAACCCGCUCAUAGGGCCCGCGCUGCCGAAGCCCGCGCUGCUCCUGCUCGACCGGUACUGGACGCCCACGGACAACCAGAGCGCGACGACGAUGACCCCGUCGGCUGGCCAGCACUAGUUCCUAUACACACAUAGGCUCGCCACGCGCACUAUACUGAGCCACGUAUACGGGGACGCAAGACUGUGCACCUUCGAGCGCCGGUCUUCCCUGCUUUGAUCCACAGUAUAAGAACAGACAGUUUGAGUGUGCAACGUUUUGGCUGUUAACAGGAGUACUCCUCGCAUGACAGUUUCGAAUUCUCGUUUCUCUCUCUUUCUUUUGCAUUAAAUGAAGUUCCUCGACCUCAUAACCCUAGAGGGAAUACCGACUAGCCCCAGUGCGCCAUAAAAGUAAGUUACUGUAAUAGCCGUCAUACGAAUUCCUGUUCCGGUUUUGUUCCACAGGAGGUGUCUGUCGUGGCCACGGUGUAAGAUAUAUUACA